AUGGCAGUCCCCCUCAAGAAGACCCUGUCGGAGAUUUAUCCAGAAGAUGCUCUGGAUAGUCAAACGGAACGAUGGAACCGUCUGCUGAGCUCAUUUCAAUCGAAAUAUGGCAUACUCCCAGAUUUCGUUGCAAGAAGUCCUGGUCGCGUCAACCUCAUUGGCGAACACAUCGAUUAUUCAUUAUACGAAGUAAUUCCAAUGGCCGUGACCGCAGACGUCUUACUCGCCGUUUCCAUCCACACCAAAGAGUCCGGUCCAAGCACAAUCCGUCUCACAAACAUCGAUCCCGAAAAGUUCAAAUGCCGAGCGUUCGACAUUCCCGACACUGGCGAUGUCCAUAUUGACUCGGCAACCCUCGAAUGGACAAAUUACUUCAAAUCAGGACUCGCAGGCGCCACCGAGCUUCUACGAAAGAAGAAGCAAGACUUCAAACGUAGUGUUGGAAUGGACGUCUUUGCCGAUGGAUCUGUGCCGGCGGGAGGUGGUCUUUCGAGCAGUGCCGCGUUUACUUGUGCCAGCGCUCUGGCCGUCAUGCGCGCCAAUGGAGUUGAAGAAGUUGACAAGAAGGAGCUUGUCGAGCUCGCGAUCGUGUCAGAACGCUCCGUCGGAGUCAAUUCGGGCGGCAUGGACCAAGCUGCAUCGGUGUUCCCACUGCAGGGUUCGGCGUUAUAUGUCUCAUUCGUGCCGGAAUUGUCGGCGCAGAACAUUUCGUUCCCGGAGCUCAAGAGUCCGUUGACGUUUGUCAUUGCGCAGUCAUUUGUCGCGGCUGACAAGCACGUUACUGGGCCAGUAUGUUACAAUUUAAGAGUCGUCGAGGUCACGCUUGCGGCAUUGGUUCUGGCAAAGAUCUUCGGUAUCAAACAGUUACCAUCGGAUGCAGGUCCCCUGGGCGUAAGUCUAAGAGGCUUCCACGACACGUACAUGCAACAAAAAGAAGGCGUCGAGAACAAUCACGCCGUCUCGAAGGAACAAUUCCAACAACAGCUCCAGGACCUCAUCUCCAAAGUCGAUUCCUACCUCCCACAGGAAGAAGGCUACACCCGCGAACAAAUCUCCGAAAUCCUCGGCAUCCCGGUCGACGAGCUCGAGAAGAAGUACAUGACGAAAUUCCCCAUUCGCGCCGAGAAAUUCAAACUCCGACAACGUGCACUGCACGUCUUCAGCGAAGCCAACCGUGUUCUACGAUUCCGUGAUCUUCUCACAUCAUCACCUCCGCAGGAUGACAAGGAAGAGAAAGCCUUGCUGACCUCCCUCGGAGAGCUCCUCAACGACACACAAGAUUCCUGUCGCGAGAUCUACGAAAACAGCUGUCCCGAGCUCGACGAGCUAUGCAGCCUGGCGCGCUCCGCAGGUGCGUAUGGAAGUCGUCUGACGGGCGCUGGAUGGGGCGGGUGCUCUGUGCAUCUAGUGCCAGAGGACAAGGUGGAGAAUGUCAAGCAGAAAUGGAUCUUUGAGUAUUACAAGAAGAAGUUUCCGGACAUCACCCAGGACAAGCUCAAGGAGGCGAUUGUGGUCUCCAAGCCUGGUAGCGGAAGUUGUUUGUUCAAUGUCGAUGGGCGGGAGAAGCUAUGA